AUGUUAAAUCAUAUUUUGAGUGGUACAUUUGCAGAAAUAAUAAGUGGAAUAUUUUGGACACCUAUGGAAAUUAUUAAAAGUAAACUUCAAGCAAGUGGUACAACUUCCCAAUCUCGAGAAAUCAUUAAAAAUGAAUUUGAAUCUCAAAAGAAUAUGAUUGGUAAAAGGAUUACGAGUUCAUAUAUAGGCAUUGGAAAUAACAAUGUUAAUACUCUUGAAAUUUCAAACCGUAUUUUUAAAGAGGAAGGUUUACGGGCUUGGGGUCGUGCCAAAUAUCUAAAGAAGAAUGAAUCGUUGAGUUCAACUUCGAUCGAUUUACCAUUCUCAAUAUCAAACAUUUUAGAUAUUGUUAAAACUAGAACUCAGGUUUCUUCACAUGAAUAUAUCACUAUUGAUAAUACUGGUAAAUUACAUUCUAUAAAAAACAUUCCAAGGGAAAUUAUUAAAAAUAUGUAUAAAUAUGAAGGUGGUCUAAGAGCAUUUGCAAAAGGAAUGGGUUCUAGAAUUUUGUGGGCAGUCCCUUCCUCUUCCAUUAGCAUGGCUGUAUUUGAGGUUUUAAAAAAUAGAAGGAAUAAAAUUAAUUUAGAGAAAGUAUAA